GUUGACAGUGUUUACGAUUACCAAAAUAAUUUCAUUCCAGACUGAAAUGAAGCCAUUUUUCCUUUGCUUUUGAUUCAUUCAGAUGAAAUAGGGAAACAAGAUUUUCUGAAUUUCAUGAUUUUUACCUUUAUCAAACCCUUCAAACUCCUCCUAUGUCGAAUUGAAUUGGAAUCUUGGGUUGAAUUGUCAGUGGAAAAAUUAAUCAAGCUUUAACCAAGUUAAUGCAGUGAACCAUAUUCAGUCUUAUUCAAACAAACAGUUUUCAGAUAAACAAAUUUUAAAGUUUACUCAUCUUCUAAAACUCAAAUCAUGACACCAAGAAAUAAUGAAUCGGAGGACAGUUUAUUAGGUGAUAGUAUUGAUGAUAAUUUGAAAUUGAAAAUAACCAGCAAAGAUCCUAAUUGGAAGCCGUUGAAUAAUAUUGUAUGGAGAAACGUUAUUUGGUAUUUGUUGUUACACAUCGGCGCAAUUUAUGGUUUUUCCCUCGCUUAUGUUCAAGCAAAAUGGUUUACUCUAGUUUAUGCAUUGAUUCUUGGUCAAGUGAGUUUUAUUGGUGUAACUGGUGGUGCUCAUCGUCUUUGGUCUCAUCGAUCUUACAAAGCAACAUUUCCCUUUCGCUUGUUCCUAAUUAUUUGUAAUACAAUUUGUGGACAAAAUUCAAUUUAUGAUUGGUGUCGAGAUCAUCGGGUUCACCAUAAGUAUUCUGAAACUGAUGCUGAUCCCCACAAUUCGAAUCGAGGAUUCUUCUUUAGCCAUAUGGGAUGGCUAUUGUGUCGUAAACAUCCCCUAGUAAUUGCUUGUGGUCGUAAAAUUGAUUUGUCCGACUUAUUAGAGGAUCCGCUGGUCGUUUUUCAACGUGAACAUUAUCUGAAACUUUUCUUCAUUUUGGGUUUUAUUGUUCCAGCUUUGAUUCCUACUCUAAUUUGGUCUGAAAGUUUGUGGACAUCUUUCUGGGUUUGCUCGGUGGCACGUUACUGUAGCCAAUUACAUCGUACUUGGUUGGUUAAUUCGGCUGCUCAUAUGUGGGGAUAUCGUCCCUAUGAUAAGUCAAUCGCUUCAGCAGAGAAUGCAAUUGUUUCUUGUCUAACUUUAGGCGAAGGUCAUCAUAAUUAUCACCAUACCUUUCCAUGGGAUUAUUCAACUUCAGAGUGGGGUUGGUCACUUAACGUAACCACAAUGGUUAUUGAUUUAGCACAAAAAGUAGGUUUCGUUCAUGAUUGUAAAACUGUUCCUAAGGAAUUUGUCAAUUCUAGGUGCAAUAGAACUGGUAUUAAACGUGAGUAACAUUUUGCCCUUCUUUGUAUCUUCUUUAAUCCUGUAAAUUAAAAAUAAAAACAUCAAUCAAAAAUA